AUGGUAGAGGUCACUAAUCUAGAAGUAACUAAGGGAAUUGAAAUAGGAAGUGUUUUAUACCUACAUCCAUCAGAUAAUCCAGGUGCACCUCUUGUACCAGUCGUUUUCGAUGGAAUUGGUUAUCGAUCCUGGAAAAGAGGCAUCAUCAAAUCUUUGUCAGUAAAGAAUAAAUUGGGUUUCAUCAAUGGAGAUUCUAAGAAACCACUUUCUACAGACCCUGACUGUAAACAAUGGGAGAGGUGUGAUAAUAUGGUUACAUCUUGGAUCCUAAAUUCUCUGAAUAGAGAAAUUGCUGAUAGUGUAGCAUACGUGGACAGUGCUUUAGAAUUAUGGACUGAUUUGGAGGAUCGUUAUGAUCAAACCAAUGGUGCCAAGCUGUAUCAAAUUCAGAAAGAGAUCAAUGAUCUCAUUCAGGGAGUUCUGGAUGUCACAGCUUAUUACACCAAGAUGAAGAAACUUUGGGAAGAAUUGAGUAGUUUAUGCAUCAAAAACCACUGCAGUUGUGCAUGUAGUUGUGGAGCAAAGGAUGUCAUGCACAAGGCUGAACAGGAUAGACGAUUGAUUCAAUUUCUAAUGGGUCUUAAUGAGGUUUACACAAUAAUCAGAGGUAGCAUUUUGAUGAUGAAUCCACUACCAUCUGUGGCACAAGCUUUUGCCAUAUUGAUACAGGAAGAAAAACAAAGAGAGUUUAAAUCUCUUGCUGCUAGCUCUUCAGGGACUUCAGGAUGCUCUUUAGCUGCUAAUGUUUCAGGUACUUCAAAAGGUCAGAAUUUCCAGACAAAUUACUCAUCUGGUUCUCCAAAUCAUAGAGGAAGACCAUUCUGUGAUCACUGCAAGAGACCAGGCCACAUUAAGGAGAAGUGUUAUCAGUUACAUGGAUAUCCACAGAACAAUAAUCGAUCUCAGAAAUCUUAG